AUGAUGAAAACAAUAUUGUUGUUACUGGCAGUGUCAUCGAUAGUUUUGCAAGUUUCUACAAAACCUACUAGAAGUCCAUCUGAUGAUGUGGAAGUAAUUGAUGCAAAAAAUGCGGAAAUUGCUGCUAGAUUUCGGCUUUUGGAAGAAGACAUCAUUGGAUCAGGAAAUGAUAAUGACUUCCUGACAGAAGGACAUAAUCCUGGUAAAAGAUCUAUUGGGAUGGAUGAGAGAUGUUUGAAUUUGGGAGGUGAUAGUUGUUCCACUGGAGAUUUACCAGGAUCAGGUAUCGAUGACGAUUACCUGAAUGGUGGAUCAAAUCCUGGAAAAAGAUCUUGGAAUUUUAGACCAACUUUUCACAGAAAUAACCCAUACCAAUAUCUUAUGGGUUCUGGUUUGGACUUUAAUUAUCUAACACAAGGCCCAAAUCCAGGAAAACGAACGUCCAGGAGAUGUCUUAAUAUUGGAGACGACAAUUGUUCCAAUGGAUCUUUACCAGGAUCAGGAUUAGAUGACGACUACCUAAAUCAAGGCAACAAUCCAGGAAAACGUUGUCUAAAUUUAGGAGGAGAUGCCUGUGCCAACGGAGAACUAGUUGGAUCAGGAUACGACGAUGAUUAUUUAAAUCAAGGAGGAUUCAAUCCUGGAAAGUGA